UAUGCUUGGUAGUGUUGUUUGGCACUAAAACCACUAAUCUGUGUGUUAAUGUAAUAUGAUCAUCGGUAGUACUUACCAGUGCUUAACAUAACCAUGGUGAAAAUAUUAUUUCUACAUCCAGAUCUCGGCAUCGGCGGGGCAGAGCGAUUAGUUUUAGAUGCCGCAUUAGCUUUCAAGGCAAGGGGUCAUGAUGUUGCGUUUUACACAAAUCAUCACGACCCAACACAUUGCUUUGCAGAAACCAGAGAUGGAACAUUCCCUGUUACUGUUGUCGGAGACUGGAUACCCAGAUCUAUUCUUGGUAGAUUCAAAGCGGCCUGCGCCUAUACUCGCAUGGUUUAUGCGGCUGUAUAUAUGGCCUGGUAUGUGAUACCUGUUGAAGAACCAACAUUAAUUUUUUGUGACCUCAUAUCUUUGUGCAUACCAUUCCUGAAGAUGGCUCGAGGACCUUUCAGAAUUGUUUUCUAUUGUCAUCAUCCAGAUAAAUUACUGACAACAGAAGGUGGCUUUCUCAAGAAGCUUUAUAGGACCCCUCUCAACUGGUUGGAAGAGUUGACUACAGCAAGAGCUGAUAAGGUUUUAGUCAAUAGCAAAUACACUGCUAGAGUUUAUCAAGAUGCAUUUCAGGGUAUCAAAGAUAUUCCUGAUAUUUGUUAUCCAUCAAUAAACACUGAAUUUUUUAAUACAACUAUCCCUAAACCUUUAAAAGAAAUAGUACCGGUAGGUAUGGAUAAGUUUAUAUUCUUGUCAAUCAAUAGAUAUGAGAGGAAGAAGAAUUUGAAAUUGGCUUUAAAAGCUUUGGACCAUUUGAAGCACAUUGUAAAUGAAUCAGACUGGAGUAGAGUGCAUUUAAUUAUGGCAGGAGGAUUUGAUCCUAUAAAUUUAGAAAAUAUGGAACAUUUUAUUGAAUUGACAGAUCUAGCUGCAGAAUUAGACAUAGAAGAAAAAGUGACAUUCAUGAAAUCUCCCAAGGAUGUGGAGAAAGUAUCUCUUCUGUAUAACUGCAAAGCUUUAAUUUAUACCCCUUCUAAUGAGCACUUUGGGAUAGUUCCUUUAGAAGCAAUGUAUUAUAGUAAACCUGUUAUAGCUGUUAAUAGUGGAGGUCCCACUGAGACUGUAGUGAAUGAAGUGACAGGGUUCCUUUGUGAGCCAAAUAGUAAAUCUUUUGCUACUGCUAUGAGCAAAUUGAUGUCAAAUCCAGAUUUAUGUGUGAGGUUGGGUGAAGCAGGAAGAAAGAGGUUUGAAACAAAGUUCUCAUUUGAUGCAUUCACUGAGCAGCUCGAUGGUAUCUUGACAAGGGAGAGGCAAAUAAUAUCGGAAGUACGAGCCAUUGAGUAUGAGCAGAAAAAACAUAAAUAACAUAAUGCUAACUCUCCUACAAUAUGUGAUAUUGUUUGAGAGUAACUAACCAAAGAAUUGAGUGCGAUAUUUCAAUGGAUUACUUACCAUCAAUGUUAAACAAAUUUUAUUGUGUUUGCUGUCAUCUAAUUAUUUCUAUUGUUGCUGCUUUUUGGACUUAGUUGUGGUUUAGCACAUUACACAGCAGUCACAAAACUGAUGUAAACAUGCAUCAAACCAGUGCUGGAUUGUUUGACUAUCAUUGUGUAGAGCUGACAUUCUAAAUUUGGCAUUUUCUUAUGAUUAAGCAAUUUUUGAAUUUGAAAUCCAUGUAUAAGGUUUGUUCAUGAAUGUUGGAAAGGUAUAUAUUUUCACUUUUUGGUUACCAAUUGUGUAAGAUAAGCCUUCUCAAUGUUUGUUUAAACCUAGCCAGUCAAGAAAGCUUUAGAUUAUAUUUAAAUAUUUUCCUGUAGUUUCUAGGUACAAUGUUGUAAUUAUUCUAAUGUUUGACUAGUUAUUAAAAUAAGACAAAUCUGACUUGAAUUUAGUGAGGCGUUAAAGUACUUUUAAUAAAAUGUAGAUGUAGGUUUGCUCCUGCCAUGUUCAUAAAAUAUAGAAAUCCCAGUUGACUAUGGUUGAAAAGCGUUAAAAUGCAUUAAGCGUUAAAAACUGAUCAUAAAAUAUACUCUUUUGUAUUGUGCAUUUUCUAAGAUUCAAUUAUAGUCAUGACUUUGUAAUUGAAUGGAAAAUGUGGCCCACUAGACAUCAAAAUUAUUAGAUUUAGAUGAGAUAGAAUUCCUGCAAGAAGGCUUGUUUGCAUUAUGAUAUCAUUAGAUACCAAGGGUACUAAUUAUGAUUAAGAUUUUCCUCUGACUUGACUUUGUAUAGUAAAUAAACAUAAUAUAAAAGUUAUGUACAUAAAUAUGUUUAUGUACUUAUAUUGUGAUGUUAUAAUAAAUGUUGAUGACUUGAUUAACAAACUAAUUCUAUAUUA